CUUUUACCAAGGAUUUAGGCAGUUAUAGCUGUGCUGUAAGAGGAUAUCAACAUCUCCACUCUACUGCUCACAACCUUAGAGUCAGAUCCUACUCCACGAUCCUAUAUAUAGCUGUUGGAUUCGGAGUAUGGAAUCACAGCUUUUCUCACUGUUGUUUGCUGGAGAAGAAUGUAGAGCCCACUUCCUGAUCUCCUGAUGUUGACACAUCCAGUGACUACAAGAAUACUGCAACCAUUGGAGUGGGCUACUGCUAGCUGGCCAUGUUUACAUACCUUAUCCUAUGAACAAUUCCUGAAAGAGUUUUGUCUGGUGUUUGAUCAUCCAUAAGAGGGCAAAAAGACUGGAGAAUUAUUAAUGAAUUUACGGCAGGUCACACUCUACGUCACGCCACCCCCACCUGAGGAGGUUGAUGGAGCCCCUGUCUAGGCUGUUCAGUUGCUGGACUCUAGAAGGCGAGGAGAGGCUUUAAUGCAAUGGUGUCGCUCAGAGUGUCUCUUCCUCUGUUGAUUCUGCUGAUGAUUGUAGGAGCUUUUGGAACAAAGUGGAGUGUGAAGUACAACCAACAGAAAAUAUGUGCUUUAAAAGGAUCCACAGUGUUUAUGAAUGGCACUUAUACUCACCCAGAUGGUCUAACAGUGGCAGAAGUUUCAUGGGUUGUGGACCAAGCUCAGAAUCCGAGUUGGCCUGAUAUGUCCAAGAACCCAGAUUACUCAGGAAGAGUUGAGUAUUUGAGUGAUCAACAGAAACUUGUUUCCCUUAAACUGAGUGAUGUAUUGAAGAAGGAUGAACACGAGUACUGCAUCAGAAUCAAGACAAAUCAAGAAAUGCAAAAAUAUUUAGGAAGACCUGGAGUUACACUAACUGUCACAGAGCUCCAUGUAGAAACUCCUGAAGAAGUGACAGAGGGAGAAACAGCAGAUCUGACAUGUAAAACCACCUGCAGUCUGACUGACCCAACAUUCAUCUGGUACAAAAAUGGACAUCCUUUAACCACAAAGACCAUCAAGAACAACCAGCUCCACCUGCAGACAGUCACCAGUGAGGAUGCAGGCAGUUAUAGCUGUGCUGUAAGAGGAUAUCAACAUCUCAACUCUACUGCACAGAACCUCAGAGUCAGAUAUUCUCCAAAGAACAUCUCAGUGUCCAUCAGUCCCUCUGGCAGAAUAAUAGAGGGCAGUUCAAUGAAUCUGACCUGCAGCAGUGAUGCAAACCCACCUGUGAAGAACUACACCUGGUUUAAGGGAUCAACAUCAGUAAGAGGAGGAAAAAUCUACAACAUUCCCAACAUCACAUCUGAGGACAGUGGAGAAUACACAUGCCAGAGUCGGAAUGAUCAUGGAGAGAGAAACUCCACGGCUGUGCAUUUAAAUGUUCUAUAUCCUCCAAAGAGCGUCUCAGUGUCCAUCAAUCCCUCUGGUAUAAUAUUGGAGGGCAGUUCAGUGACUCUGACCUGCAGCAGUGAUGCAAACCCACCUGUGAAGAUCUACACCUGGUUUAAUGGAUCACUAUCAGCAGGACCAGGAAAAACCUACAGCAUUCCCAACAUCAGAUCUGAGGCCAGUGGAGAAUACACAUGCCAGAGUCGGAAUGAUCAUGGAGAGAGAAACUCCACGGCUGUGCAUUUAAAUGUUCUUUACCCUCCAAAGAGCGUCUCAGUGUCCAUCAGUCCCUCCGGAUCUGGACAGAAUUACAACAUCAUCAACAUCACUGCUGACCACACUGGACUGUAUUACUGUGAAGCUCAGAAUGAUCAUGGAGCUCAGAGGUCAGCUGGGGUGCCGGUGAGAGAUCCUCCAAAUAAUGUCUCAGUGUCCAUUAGUCCCUCUGGUGAAACAGUGGAGGGCAGUUCAGUGACUCUGACCUGCAGCAGUGAUGGAAACCCACCUGUGAAGAACUACACCUGGAUUAAGGGAUCAACAUCAGUAGGAGAAGGAAAAACCUACAGUAUUCCCAACAUCAGAUCUGAGGACAGUGGAGAAUACACAUGCCAGAGUCGGAAUGAUCAUGGAGAGAGAAACUCCACUGCUGUGCAGAUUAAUGUUCUGUAUCCUCCAAAGAGUCUCUCAGUGUCCAUCAGUCCCUCUGGUGCAAUAGUGGAGGGCCGUUCAGUGACUCUGACCUGCAGCAGUGAUGCAAACCCACCUGUGAAAAACUACACCUGGUUCAAAGAAGGUGGAACCUCACCUGUAGGAUCUGGACAGAAUUACAGCAUCAUCAGCAUCACUGCUGAACACACUGGACUGUACUACUGUGAAGCUCAGAAUGAACAUGGAGCUCAGAGGUCAGCUGGAGUGCCGGUCUCUUUUAAAGAACGAAGGCCAAAAAGGCCACAGCACCCAUCCACCUCCUGA